CCUGAUGUGCGAGCGAAUAUCAGCACUGGAGGUCAUCACCCAGGGUACAGUAUCGCUAUGGCUCCACCAGAAAGACCAAUCCAUCCCGUGCGAUGUACGGCUCCAGGACGGAGAGCGGAUAUACGCCUUCUCCUGGAGCCGCAUGGAGCAGAAGGAGGAAGGGGAGGCUCCCUCACUAAAAACCAUCGUGAAAGUCUUCAAGGAUGCGGUAUCGGGAUCGGGAAUCGAGAGCGGGAACUUUAGUCUUUCAGUGAACAGGUCGUUGGUUCUACACAGGCCCCCGACGAUAGAGGACGAGGGGCUAUCGUACGUCUGUAAAGUGAUUUUAUUUGGCGCCCCCAAGGGUCAUCAAAAUGCCAGUACUAUUCGUGUUCUUUCCGCUCCAAAGGAGCCAUAUCCCUUUAUUCCAGAAUGUGCAAAUGGCCAUGAAAACGUUGAACGUAGGAACAACACAUGUGUAAUCAAACAAGAGGCUGGGACGAGUCUAAACCUAACGUGCAAGAUGUCUGGAUUUCGACCGCUGGUGGAUCUAAGAUGGACGAACAAUUCUCAUAGUGAUAUUCUAAGUUACAGAACGUUGACAAAUGACUCUGAUGGAACACAGAGCAUGUCUGUGACAUUCGAAGUCAUAGCUAGCCUUGAGAGACAGGAGUUUUCAUGUAAUGUUAGCGGAGAAGCCGUCUCGGGGGACAGAUGGAGCGUAGUCGCCGUCCAAGGAGUAGAAGCCGAUGGCUCACCACUCGUGGUCAUCAUUGUCAUCGUCGUCGCUAUCCUGUUAGUACUCAUAGUUCUCCUCAUCGUCGUCAUACUCGUACUCAAGAGCAGAAAGAGGUCGAGAUCGAGAGCGGCAUCGAGGGAACAGACGAAGCACGAGCAGCUCACUGACCUGGAGAAGGGUUCAGACAUUCGUCCAAAAGAAAACAAUCACUACACUUUAGAACCAGUUUCAGUAGUGGUAGAAGAGCCCCCGGUCGAGACCAGACUUAACGAAGGAACACAGACAGAUAUUCCAGAACCGCUCGAAGAUGAAGACGGGAUGAGUUCAGAAGAUGAGGAGCAGUCCCAAGAAUUGUUGAGCAAAGAUGACAGGGAAGAUAGCAAGUCAGUCUCGAUAGGACCAUCACAGCUCUCCAGCCGAUCCGACAUCGCCCAUGCUGACUUCGGCGAGAGCUGGGUCUGUGUGAGCAACGAGGAGGUGAAGAGACUACGAGAAGCUAAAGAUGACGACGGGACCGCGGUGGAUGACCCAACUCCAACGGAAGAGCCCCCUCAGCGUCCGGGCCACUUCCGCGGUAUCGCCCAAGGGUUCGGAAACCUUCUUGACACUGUCAACAACUUCCUGCGGCAUGAAGCUUGAUCCGAUGGACACUGAUCGUCGCAGCUGUUAGCUUAUUUAUUGCUCCUGAUUUGGCUGCCUCAGCCAAUCCCAGUGAAGAGUGUACCGUUAGGGAUGUGAUUCCUUGUCAGAAACACAGACUGUGAUGCAGUAGAAAGGGACGUUAAUGGUCAGGAAUGAUUAAAAAACAUCGCUUGUACAUCUUGCCAUCUCUAAUCUUGAUGGGUAUCUGAAGUAUAACCAUGAAUGUCAAAUUACAUGAGCACUAACCUAUUCGCAAACUCCCAAAACAUGUAUGCUUUGUAAGCCCUAUUGCUUGUAUUUAUUACCUAAAUAAGGAUCUCACACGGAAAUCUAAUUUCAUCAUCAGUGACAAUUUGGAGCCAGGCUGGUUCCUAGAAAAUAUAGGCCUGAAUGUCCAUCUGAGUAAUAAAUUCAUAUAGUUACCAAAGAGCUAUAGAUUUCAUCAUAUGUGUAGGUCUAAAUAUGUAUACAAGGUGCAAACUGGAAUCAAGGCUUCAGUAGUAAGCAUAUGCUCUCGAACUAUAGGCCUACUAUUGAAAUUUUUCCAGUGUUACCCGUCUUGCUGAGAGUCGCGAGUCACGUGAUCAUGUCACAUGAUAUUCUUGAAAGCUGCUAUUGGAUGAUGCGGUGCAAUAAGAUAAAUAGGUAAAUCUAAACAUUGCAGCUCUGGUGUGAUUGUUAGUACCUUCGCACACUUUAUUCUGAUGAAUUGCUCCUCUUUCAUGUACCUCGGGUUGUCAUUGAAAUCGAUAGAAUGAUCAAAAUAAUGGUCUUGUUGGGACAGUCGUUGGCCAUGUUGGCCAUGCUCUCUGGAUACGACACCGAAGGUGAUGUAGAAUAGCGCCAUCUACGUUUCGGACGCGUGUUCUUUCCGAUUACGUGCCCAUAUACCACUGAGAUCAGUGGCCUAGCAUGCUAACUGCACGAUGUAUGAGAAUAAUUCUUAUGUACAGCAUCAUGGUCACAAAAUCCAUUGACAUUCCCGUCAAUAUUGUAACGUUUGUUGGGAAAUGAGUCAACAAACACCUUUGUAUUAUUUGUUAGAAUUGUCGAACUUGUACGUUUUACUGAUCAAUUUUAAUUAAUGUUUACAUUGAUAGUUUUUGUGAUAACUUGACCAGCUUAAACCAUUACCUAUUAUCAUCAUUACUAAUGUAAUAAGUGCUAUGUAAUGAGGCAAAUAGCAUGCUUUCGGUGAAAAAAAAUGAAUAAUAAACCUACCGUUUAGUUUGAGGCGUCGCGUCGUGAAAUAUGAUGAAAUAUGAAGGUGAACUUACUUAGUAUUAUUUUACAGAACAGGGUCUCUUUCACAUUGCACACUCUGUUUAUACUGCAUUCUCAGAAUAUGUUUUAACCAAACCAUGUUGUUAAAUAAUAUUUACCAACUGUUGGUUAAAAUAUGAAAUUACCAACUGUUGAUUAAAAUGUGAAAUUACAAACUGCAUGCAUGUUGAUCAAAAUAUGAAAUUACAAACUUGUUUAAAAUAGGGAAUUACCAACUGUUGAUUACAAUAUAAAAAUUACCAACUCACGGUCGAUUAAAAUAUGAAAUUACCAACUGUUAGUGUAAUAACUAAUAAAAUAUGAAAUUACCAAGUGUUGAUUAAAAUAUCAAAACCACCAACUAUUGUUUAAAAUAUGAAUAUCCAACUGUUGAUUAAAAAAAACUGCCAAUGUGUUUUCCAUGCAAUUUUGUUUUAUCCAACAACUGGUAGGUUCAUUUUUAACCAACCUGUUGGUUACAAAAUUUCUCCGAGUGUAUUAUCAGCAAGAACACAUUGGCUGACAUGAUAGAAUAUGCGGGUUUAUUCAUUAUUCAUCUUAACUUUGUAGUUCAGGAUGUUCUCUUUGUCAUUUUAAUCUACUCGUCUAUUUAAAAUUCCUCUUAUUUCGGUUUAUUAUUUAUAUCUGUUAAUUUAUUGCGUUUACGUAUAGAGGUUACACAACUCAGAAAUAUUACUUAUGUAGUCAAAGUCACCCAGGAUUAGUUCGUUGCACAUCGAUGAGAAGUCCAUCCCCAACAAAAAGUUGAUUCGAAUAAAAAGAGAAAAAAAUCAAACAAGCAUAACACUGAAAAUUUCAUCAAAAUUGGAUGUGAAAUAAGAAACUUAUGACAUUUUAAAGUUUCGCUUAAUUUCACAAAACAGUUAUAAUCACAUCCUUGUUGGUAUGCAAAUGAGGAGAUUGAUGACAUCACUCACUCACAAUUUUUUUGUAAUUUAUUAUAUGAACUAUGAAAUAUUCCAAUUUUCUCACCAUUGUCCUGUGAAACAACGAUUACUUUCAUCCCUGAACACGUGGAAUUAGCAUUGUUUUUUUAUACUAUAUCUAUAUGGUUCAAUCAAGUUUGUCCUUAUUGUCGAAAUUGAAAAAAUGAAAUAUUGUAUAAUUCAAACAAUAGAAAAAUUGAAAGUGAGUGAAUGACAUCAUCGACUGUCUCAUUUGCAUGUCACUGAGUUGUACAUAUCACUGCUUUGUGAAAAAUAAGCGAAACUUAAAAAUGUCAUAACUUUCUUAUUUCACAUCCGAUUUUGAUGAAAUGUUCAGCAUAAUGCUUGUUUGAUUGAUUCAAUCAUUUUUCUGGGGUGGACUUGACCUUUAGAUCGGUGCAGAAAAUGAUUUAGUCUUUUUUUUUCAUUUCUGUAUAGUUUGAUAUCUCAAAUACGUGCAACCGGUGAACUUGAUAGAAGCACGAAAUACAUCGUAAGGUCCACAAAAUAUAUACUCUUUGUCUUGUGUUUUGAAUCAUUGAAUUAAAUCAAGAUUGUUUAUACAAUGAAAAAGUUAAAACACUUCUGAUCGUAUAGAAUAAGGCUAAUGUAACAUUGUGAUGCUGAUUAUAUUAUGAUUGUAUAUUUCAUAGAAUUGCAGAAAUAAUUGUUUGAUAUGCAAUUAAGCGUACAGAAAGAUAGUGUGUGAAUUUUAGAGGCUUCAGUUUUGUUCAUAUUACUAAAGGGAGGAAAAUAAAGCAUUUAUAUAUAUAUAUAUAGAAGUGCCAGUAAUUGUAGAUAGCAAUGAACGAGCUUUAUUUGCUUUAAAUGCUCACAUUGCCCAUAUCAGAUGCUUGAGGGGUCAGAUUGAUUCGAGAACCGGGUCAGAUUGACCCGGGAACAGAGUCUGUUGGUACCACAGACCGUUCCGGGUCAAAUAGAGACUAUAGGGUCCAAUGUAACCAUUUUGGAGUCAAAUAUAUUCCUCACUCCGUCACAUCGGUCAUUGUAUUGCGGGUAUCAAUUUUGAGCCACUUUACGGGUCAUUCUGACCCGAGAUUUUUAUUUAAAUUAUUAUUAAAAGAAUUCUUAUCGAUGUUCCAGCGUGAGAUCACCCAUGACAGUUUAAAUACACUGUUUUAUAUAAUUCAUACAAAUACUUUCUGAGUACAGUAGCAUUGAACAGUUAUUCCAUCACCAUAAUUUAUUUUCAUUGUUUUUACGUGGUGUUAUUAUGCCCCAUUGCAUCUUAUUUAUAAUAACCAAACUCAUUUUUUGUUUACAUUUGUGUUUUUAGUGAUUCCGUGCAAUAAUAUCAGUCAGGUUUGUCUUUUGUUUACGUUGCUGCACGUUGCACAUUAUUGCCUAGACAUAUGAACACGAUUGCAACUACUGGACAAAAGAAUAAACUGUAUUUCACAAAGAGUUUUUGUGACUUAAAGGAAACCAAAAUAUAAGGAGAGAAUCCAUCUAAUCAGAAAGAAUAAAAUUUUCUCUUUUAUUUCACGCAUUUCACAUUAUCUCCUCCUCUCCACCUUGACAUAUGUGGUAUGAAUUAUAUUUUCCCAUGACAUAUGUUAUGCUCAGAAAGAUCGAGGCAAGACGCAAUUUGAAAGAUAAUUGGAAAACUCUGACAAUUUUAACAAAUGGAGAGUUGUCCACAAAAUCUGCUAUUCUGAAUCCCCAUAGAAAGUACACUAAGACUAUUUAAACGUCCAUAACUUGCUUAUUUCAUAAUCGAUUUUGAUGAAACUUGUUUUAAAUUGUUCCUCUCAUUCUACUCUUUCCAAUAUGAUUGAUUAUUCCCUUCUCGGGUUUUGGUUUCUUUAAAAUCGCACUUAAUUCCCAGUUGCGUGCGGUUAUAAAACGAAACCUCUAUGUUCCACCGUGAGGAUGCGCGCUAGUUCGUACACGGCACAAAUGCUGUUUAAAAAUUGCAUAAAACGCUGCUUACGAUGUGAACUUAACAGUAGUUGAUUAACAGUUUAAACAUCCAUGUUUAAUUCAUUGAGCAUUAAAUGUUUAAAAAACUUAACUUUGUUGUGUAAGAUUUUAAACACUUGUUUGAGCUGUUCAUACAACUUCUGUACUCAUAUAAAGUAAACAUCGUCGGAUAAAUGAAACAGCGUUUAUGGUGUGAGAAAAUAAUUACUCUAGUUGCUUUCGUGUUCCAUAUAAUUCAUGCUAUUUUACUUUUUGUUGAUGAUGUCACGUUAUUUAUAAGGUGUCCACAUGAAGAAUGUUUCUUAGUACCUUCAUAAAACAGUUUCAGGAAGAAUGAUGAUGUCUGACUCAAUUGAUAGUUGUGUGAGGGUAACGGAGGAUAGUUUCCUCCAAAUUAUAUAGGUGCAUUUACAUGAACUUAAUAAAGUGUGAAUUAAACGCGUGUUGCUUGGUGUUAUAACGCGUGCAAAGGAAGUUGUUCACAUAAUAACCACAAUGCACAUUGUUCAAGAGUCUGUACUUAUACUGUGAUUGAAAAAAAUAUACCACAUCGUGCUGUACAUGUAUAUCAUUUGGUAUUAAAAUAACUAUUUAUGCAAAAUAA